ACGGCGCCGGCCGCCCCUCCUCGACCUCUGACAUUUGACCUCCCGGGCCGUGGCGGCGGGGUGAGCUGGAAGGGAAGGUUUUCCAUGGAAACGGUUUGUGCUGCUUGAAAGGGAAGAUGAAGCUGUAUUGCUUGUCUGGUCAUCCAACAUUGCCGUGCAAUGUCUUGAAGUUCAAAUCAACCACCAUUAUGCUCGACUGUGGGUUAGACAUGACCUCGGCCCUUCAUUUCUUACCUUUGCCGCUUGUCCACAGCCCAAGACUUUCUAAGCUCCCAGGCUGGAUUUCAAAAGAUGGUAACGCCAUGCUCGAAAAGGAGCUGAAAGAUUGUGCUGGACGAGUAUUCGUUGACUCUGUGCCAGAGUUCUGUCUGCCAGAGACAGAGCUGUUGGACCUCUCCACUGUAGAUGUGAUCCUGAUAUCAAAUUAUCACUGUAUGAUGGCAUUGCCAUAUAUUACAGAGCACACUGGCUUCACUGGCACAGUCUAUUCCACUGAACCCACAAUGCAGAUUGGAAGGCUUCUCAUGGAAGAGCUGGUCAACUUUAUGGAGCGUGUACCAAAGCCACAGUCUGCCACCUAUUGGAAGAAUCGGGAAAUGCUCAGGCACUUACCUGCACCUCUAAAGGAUGCUGUCGAAGUUUUAACAUGGAAGCGUUGUUACACAAUGCCAGAGGUUAACUUGGCCCUAAGCAAGGUUCAGCUCGUAGGGUAUUCUCAGAAAAUAGAGCUUUUCGGUGCAGUACAGAUCACUCCACUCAGCUCAGGCUACUGUUUGGGCAGCUCCAAUUGGAUCAUCCAGUCGCACUACGAGAAAGUGGCUUACGUGUCUGGAUCCUCAUUGCUCACCACACACCCACAGCCCAUGGAGCAAACCUCCCUGAAAAAUAGUGAUGUCCUCAUCCUGACUGGACUGACGCAGAUUCCGACCGCUAAUCCUGAUGGCAUGUUGGGUGAAUUCUGCAGUAACCUAGCUGUGACUGUCCGAAGUGGUGGGAAUGUCCUGGUUCCAUGCUACCCCUCAGGAGUAAUUUACGACCUUCUGGAAUGUCUGUAUCAGUACAUCGACUCAGCUGGCCUCUCCACUAUCCCAUUUUAUUUCAUCUCUCCUGUGGCCAACAGCUCGCUGGAGUUUUCCCAGAUCUUUGCAGAGUGGCUUUGUCACAACAAACAGUCCAAAGUCUAUUUGCCGGAGCCACCAUUCCCACAUGCAGAGCUGAUUUUGACCAAUAAAUUGAAGCACUAUCCCAGUAUACAUGGGGAAUUCAGCAAUGACUUCAAGCAGCCAUGCGUGGUAUUUACAGGCCAUCCCUCCCUACGAUAUGGGGAUGUUGUUCACUUCCUGGAGCUGUGGGGAAAAUCCAGCCUAAACACCAUCAUUUUCACAGAACCGGAUUUCUCCUACCUUGAUGCUUUGGCACCAUACCAGCCACUGGCUAUGAAAUGUGUUUACUGCCCAAUUGACACUCGAUUAAACUUCAUCCAAGUUUCAAAAUUAUUGAAGGAGGUUCAGCCAUUGCAUGUUGUGUGUCCGGAACAAUAUACUCAACCUCCACCUGCCCAGUCGCAUCGCACCGAUCUGAUGAUUGACUGCCAGCCCCCACCAAUGGCCUACCGGAGGGCUGAAGUGCUGACCCUCCCCUUCAAAAGGCGCUAUGAGAAGAUUGAGCUCAUGCCUGAUCUUGCUGAGUCCCUGGUGCCUUCAGAGAUCAAACCUGGCAUCUCUAUGGCGACCGUGUCUGCAGUACUUCAGACCAAAGACAAUAAGCACAUUCUACAGUCACUCCCAAAGUCAAUGCAGCCACAAACUGGCAAGAAGAGGAAGCGGGCAAACGAUGAUACUCCUGAAUUCAAGCCUCCCAAACCGCUACUGUGUGGAUCGAUCACCAUUGAACAAUUUGUACAGAGCCUGGAGAAGCAUGGCAUCACAGAUGUCAAGGUUGAGGACACACCAGAGGGACAUAUUGUCCACCUUCAGUCUGAAGACACCCUGGUCCAAAUUGAAGAAGAUUCCACUCAUAUUAUUUGCGACAACAAUGAGCCGCUUCGCACCAAGCUCCGUGACUUAGUCCUCAAAUUUCUACAAAAGCUGUGAGAGUGGUUUUGACUUUUUUGUGACUCUUUUAAGCAGCUUGUGCAUUUUGGACUCGCUGACCGGAGCAUAAUAUAAAUGGUUGUUAAAGGAUACUGUGCUCUGUCAUAGGAGUAGGUCAUUCAGCCCCUCAAGUCUGUUGUACCAUUUAUUUAGAUCAUGGGUGUUCUAUAUCUUCAUCUUGCUUAUGUUACACUUAAUAACCUCACCUAUCAAACAUCUAUCAAACUUAGUUUUGCAAUUUUCAAUCGACUACCUAAUCUCAAUAGUUUUUGGAGAGUUCUCAAUUUUAACCGCCAAUGAAGAAUUUUCUGACAUUACUCCUGAACAGCUAAGCUCAUGUUUUAGGACCGUGCUAACUUUGUUUUGGAAUCAAGUACCAAAGGAAAUGUUUCCUUUUUCUUUUUGCUUUCUCUGUUCCUCUUGCUCGUUUUCUCUCUCUGUCUCUCUCUCUCUCUUGUCUCUCUCUCUUGUCUCUCUCUCUCUCUCUCUCUCUCUCUCUCUCUCUCUCUCUCUCUGCCUCACA